AUUUUUUGGCGGAAGUCUUGAACCAGAUGUGAAAGGCAAACUACAAUAAUAAUCAACUUAUGAGCCAAAUAGAAAUAAUGUUGCAGUUGCAUUUUACUAAAGACACAUUGCCCGAUAAUGUGAGCAAUGAUUUUCAGACAUUGAAUAAAUUCAGUGAACAGCAAUUUGCGAGCUUGAUGGAUUUAAUAUACCAGUUCCUGUUAGAGCCUAAAGAGUUGGAGCGUUUCCUGGUGCAGCUGAGUGAGUUUGCAGGAGAGAAUGGCAUGGGUCCAGGCCCACUCAGAGGCCUAAUAAAGAGCGUUCUCCUACUUCCACACGGCGCUCUGAAGAAGAAUCUGACAACCGAACAAGUAAAGGAGGACUUGCUUACAUUGGGGUUGAGUGAAGACAAGGCCGUUCACUUCUCUGACCAGUGGAGGGUGCACUACCCUGUGUUGUCUAGGCUGGCAAUAGGACAGACGCUGAUGGUCAAUCAGUUGGUUGAUAUGGAGUGGAAGUUUGGUGUCACUGUAGGAACAAGUGAGCUGCAGAAGGCCGGAAACAUCUUCCUACAGCUCAAGCUUGUGGUCAGAAAAGGAAACACCACAGAAAACAUUUACAUGGAACUGACCCUGCCCCAGUUCUAUAAUUUCCUUCAUGAGAUGGAACGGGCCAAAGCAUGUAUGGACUGCUUCACCUGAGGGCACUGAGCACUUUAUCCUGGAACUCUCCAAAUGACACUGUCACUGAAUCACAGAGACCGUUGAAUGUGUGUGUGCAUGAAUGAAGGCAUAUUUUUCUGUAUGUUUGUGUUUCUAUAUGCUUGAGUAUAUCAGUGGUUCCAUGCACAGAGCAGUUAAUUCCAUGUUGAUUCCUGAGUUCAUUCCCGAGCCUUUAAUGAAUGAGCCUAAAAUGAAAAUGCCAUGUUUCACUUUUCCAUAAAUCUCAUUUAGGCAAGUAAAACUGACUCAAUCAUUAAUUCCCUUUUGAUCAUUUAUUUUCUCACCAGUGUUAGGCAUUUCAAGAGGAUAUUUUUAACAAAUUCAAAUGGUUGAUUAAAUUACAAAGAGUGCAUGUGCAAUUGUAUUCAUCCAUGUGACUAAAUGCAUCUAUUAUCCAAUUAGCCAAGCACUCAGAAAUAAAUUCAUGCCCAUUUCUUUUUCUCUUCUGCA